AAAAUUUGAUUUUACAUUUUAGUAUUCACUAUUUAUUUGCGUUCAAUUACUACCUAAUAAAUAUUUUGAAAUCAUGUUAUUUAGUUUCAACAAGCUUUUAAACGUGCAUUCGAUUUUUAUUUAAUUAUUAUAUAGUAAUAUUUAUAAAAAAAAAAAAAAAUUGUGGCUAGCACAUGUUAUAAUUCACAAGCAACUAAAAAUGGAGGUAAAAAACCCACAAGUAGCUGUUCUCUGUAACAAUGAGGUUUUUGAAUUGCUAAAAAAAGCUCAAGAAAAUACUAAACUCAUUGGAGGCAUGAACCAUUCAACAAUUUUAUAUGAGGUUAACAAGUAUUUAGAGCAAAGACCAUGUGCAGGACAAAAUGCAACUAAAAUUAGAGAAUUCCUAAUCAAAUUAAAACAUAUGCCAAUUAAUCUGACAAAGAAAGAAAAACUUAUGUUAGUCAAUGAUCCACCAGACUCUGUUUUACAAUUAUCUUUGGGUAUUAAAGAUUUCUAUGAUAGACUCAGCGAACCAGAAACUGAAAUGCUGUUAUAUGCUACAAAAAAUUUUUCUGGACAAUUUGAAAUAAUUACUAAACAAGAACGAGUAGAAGAAGAGGAAGUUGAAAAUUAAUGAAUAAUUUUUUAAAAAAUAAUCAUGUAAAAACAAGACUGAUAUUAAUAAUACAAUCUCUU